AUGAAGAAAUGUGAUGCCACAACAUCAUUGGUUCCUUGUCCUGCUGGGAAUGUUCAAGUAGCAUUGAUGAAUAGGAUAAGUGAUGACCAACUUACCACCCAACAAUUUGCUGAAGAACUAGCUCAAGCAACGUAUGACAGAGAUUUCAACUCCAAUCCAUGGAUGUGGGCUGAGAUGUUCGUACAACACCAUGAACUCGUGCCGGAAGGAGAUAUGAUAAAACUUAAUCAGCUAGAUUCAGCAAAAUUUGUGGCAAGACUGCCACUUGUUGCUUGUCUUGUGAAAGAGUGUAAGCCCAAUGGUCUGGGAGACAUGCAACUUACUAUUAAGGACCCUAGUGGUACCAUGAAGGCCUCCUUAAAUAGGAAAGUUCUUCAAGAUCCACAAAUUGGGCCACAUAUCGGAGUUGGCUGUGUUUUGUUACUGAACCUUGUUCCUGUAUUCGGUACAUUUGGAACAACACAUUACCUAAACAUUGUCGUUCGCAAUGUAGUUAAGGUCUUCGCAGCUGACGUUUACCCUCUUACAAAGCAACUGCUGGAGGAAACAUCCAAACCUGACAUUCGUCAAGCUACGACGGAAGAAGAAACGACGGCUGAAAUCAUGCGAGAGUUAGUUCAUCCAGCUCAUAGAGCAUCUACUUCCACAACACCUCAAAUCAAUUAA